GGAAGACAACAGUAGUUGUUUUAGUUCCAUUGUUUUUGGCAAAGGGCAUCCUUUCGUGGAAAACACCCAGCUUUAGCUCACUGUGGACGGACGUAGACCGUAGUUUGACGUCUACGUGUUGUUAAAUAACGGAAAUAAAAUCAAAGAGGGCUGGAUGAUUCAUAUUCAAAGGGUAUUUCAUUUUUUCACUUUUCAAAAGACUCUUAUGGGUCGGGCGUCUCGGUACGCAUGUGCAACCGGGCGGGAAAUCUGCGCAUGCGCAGCUAGAUCAGUUGCACUUUCCUACGCCAUCACAUCGCGACGCCAGCUGGUAUCUUUGACGGCAUUUGAAGGCAGAUCCCUGGGUCGUUCAUUCCAUCGAUCGGGUGAAUUUGAAGGAUGGAGGCUGCCGGCGAGGAGAAGACAAGAUCGUUGUCUGAGGCCCAGAGGCGAGCAGAAACACGCAGGAGGAAACUGCUGAUGAAUUCGGAGGACAGGAUGAACAGAAUCGUAGGAUUUGCCAAGAACGAGUCUGAAAACUACGGGUCACCCAGGCGUCCAGCAGAUGCCCGCUUCCACCUGGACCUGGACAGGACAGAGACGUGCGCCCCCCCCCAGAGACCGUCUCCCUUCAAAUCGGAGCCCGGCAGCGUCUCCCGCGGCGCCACCCCGGAGAGGAGGGACUCCCCGCUGCCAGAUGCGGGUGACAAGUCCCACGGUGCCAGCCCGCUGGAGGACAUGAUCCAAGGGGUCCGCCAGAGACCCAGGAGGGAUGUGGCGUCAGACGACCCGAGCGGCUCGCCCCGCCGGGGCCUCCACAAGUACUUGUCUCGUUUUGACGACGCCAUGAAACUGAGGGGUCAGCUGGCCGACGAGAAGCCGGUCCAGGACGGCGGGUCCGACGGCGAGGAGUUCGACCCCUUCAGGGUCUUCAGGCUGGUCUGCAGCGUCCUGCUGGCUCUUUUUGUCCGGGCGUUGGUCUGCAAGUAUCUGUCAAUAUUUGCUCCCUUCCUCACCCUGGAGCUGGCUUUCAUGGGCCUGGCCAAGUACUUCCCGCAGGUGGAGAAGAAGGCCCAGACCACCGUGCUGACGGCCGCCCUGCUGCUGUCGGGCAUCCCGGGCGAGGUCAUCAACCGCUCCAUGGACACGUAUAGAAGGAUGGGCGACGUCUUCGCCGACCUCUGCGUCUACUUCUUCACCUUCGUCCUCUCCCACGAAGUCCUGCUGCUCCUGGGCUCGGAGACCGACCACCAGCCGGGACUGUGACUCCGUCCCACCUCCCUCCCGUCUCAGCAGCACGGGACCAAAGGCUGCGAAGAAAAGACCAAGCAGCAGAGGGCGGGACUUGAACCAUUUGGAUGUCUGUACUCCAGAUGAUGUUCUCAACAAAGGCUCCACUUCCUCUUUGCCUUCACCUCCUGCUGCUGGAGACGGGACAAGCAUUUAGUCCUUGGCGGUGUACCCCUGUGACGUGUUCUACAUAUCCGCCUCGUUCAGUCACGUGACCAGCGUCGUUCCUGCUGUAAAUCAGGUGUGGCCUCCAUCCCGGGUCCAUUUUCCUCUUUCUCUGACACAUCCUGAGCGCCUCUCACGCUUUCUGCUUCUUUUCGCCUUCUUGCUGGACCUCAAGCUUCUUCCUCUCGAGCCGCCACUCCAGUCUCAGCGCUGCAGCCAGCAGGAGUGGCACUCAUGCCCCCCCGACUGCUUUUCUACUGGCCUGCACGACACUCCAAGCCGUUUAGCUAGGAAACUCCAAGUCAAUGGAAGCAUCAAGGAUCCAGUCAUGGGAAUCACUUGGACUGACCUUUAACAAGAAAAAAAGACAUAAUGUUACAAGACAUCACCUUCAUUCCCCUCCGCUUAUCCGGGUCCAGGUCUACAAAUAAACUUGCCUUGGUUGAUUAUUGUUUUGUACAUUUAAUACCAUAAU